CACUACUAUAUAACAAAUAAUUUGAGUAAGAUGGCGACUAAUGGAGAUGGAGGAAAGGUUGAGGAUCCUGCGCUGUUGGAAAUGCAGAAGUUAGUGAAGGACGCCUUCUCAAUAUUCGACCACGAGAACAAUGAUACUGUAGAUAUGCGGGAAGUGGGAACUAUCAUUAGGUCACUAGGCUGUUUCCCAACGGAGGGUGAGUUAAAUGACAUGAUAGCCGAGGUAGAGGAAGAUGAACCUACUGGUUAUGUACGUUACGAGCGGUUCGAACCUAUGAUGACACGUGUUCUCAUGGAUAAGAGCAGAUACCGACCUGAACCUGAGGAUAGGAUAAUAAAAGCGUUUGAAGUACUAGAUAAAGAGCUGAAAGGUUACCUGACACCUGAAGAGUUACAACGUUACAUGACAACAGAAGGAGAAGCAUUUACCACAGAAGAAAUGGAUGAAAUGUUAUCAGCAGCUAUUGACCAAGAUAAACAGCUUAUCUAUUAUAAAGACUUUGCUCCUCUUAUGUUGUUAGAGGAGAGUUAGACAAUAAAGUGGGAUUAAAACUUUGGAGCGCCAGUUCAAAGCAUUCAGUAUACAGAGAUUAUUAUGUGGCAAAUGAAGAUGCAUUGGUUUUGGUCGCGAUCGUGCUUACAAUUUAAUUGGUUUCUCUGAAAUUGACUGAUCAGUGUUUGUUUGAAGCCAACCAUUAUUUAAGAAAUAAAUUCAGAGUGUUUGUAUAAACAAUGAUGUUAUUUGAAUAUAAUGUUUUAUCUUAUCACAAUUCAUAAUCAGUA